UUCCCUAUAUAAAAAACGAUGCACAUUUCCUCCUCCGAGAAACAGAGUCCUAAAACAGAGUCCAGAAACAGAGAGAUCCAGAGGCCAAAGCGAAGCUGCAGAGUAGCAGCAGAGCAGGCAAAUGGAGAUCGACGCUUCCAUCUACGUCUCCAUUUCCCUCAUCUUCCUCGCCGCAGUAGCUUUCCAAUUCCAUCGCGGCGCCAACAACACAUCUCCCGCCAAAAACAGCCUCCAACUGCCACCAAGCCCUCCCAACCGCCGCGCCCUCCCUUUCCUCGGCCACUUGCACCUCCUAAGCAAACCCGUCCACCGUUCUCUACACAAUCUCUCCCACAAUGGCGCCGGCGCCGUGAAAUUCCCAAUCAUGUGGAUCCAGUUCGGCUCCCGCCCCGCCGUCGUCGUGUCGUCCUCUGCCGCCGCCGAAGAAUGCUUCACCGGCAAAAAUGACGUUGCUCUGGCCAACCGUCCCCUGCUCAUGGUUGGGAAGCACAUAGGCUACAACCAAACCACCAUGGUCCAAGCGCCCUACGGCGACCACUGGCGACACCUCCGCCGCGUCGGCGCCGUCGAGAUCCUCUCCUCCGGCCGGCUCAACGAAUUGGCCGGCAUCCGGAGGGACGAAAUCAGGAACCUCAUCCUCCGCCUGGCGGAUCACAACGACAAUGCUUGUAAGAAAGUCGAGGUCAGGACGAUGUUUCACGACCUGAUGUUCAACAUCGUGAUGACGAUGAUCGCCGGGAAAAGGUACGAUGGACCGGCGUCCGGCGGCCAGGAGCAAUUUAAGGAGAUAAUGGUGGAGGUUCUGGCCUGUGCUGGGGCUUCUAGCAAUGCCGAUUUCCUGCCGGUCUUGAAUUGGCUUGAUGGUGGAAGGUACGAGAGGAAGCUGGCCGGACUUUCCAAGAGACUAGAUGAGUUUAUGCAGAGGCUGAUUGAUGAACAUCGAGUGUCCAAUAAUGGCGGCAAAACAAUGAUUGAUCAUCUCCUCUCGUUGCAGCACGUCGAACCGGAGCAAUACUCCGACCAGAUCAUCAAAGGCCUCAUUCAGAAUGUCUUCUUAGGGGCGAUUGACACAUCGACGGUGACAUUAGAAUGGGCGAUGUCGAACCUGCUCAACCAUCCGGAGAUAAUGAAGAAAGCGAGGGACGAGAUUGAUACCCAGGUCGGGGAAGGUCGAAUGGUGGAAGAACAUGACCUCCCUAAGUUGCAGUACCUGCAGAACACAAUCUCCGAAACCUUCCGAUUAUACCCACCAGGACCGCUUCUGAUUCCUCGCACCUCGUCUCGAGAUUUCACCCUUGGUGGCUACCACGUGCCGCGGAACACAAUGCUGCUGGUGAAUGCUUGGGCCAUUCACAGGGAUCCUGAGGUCUGGGACGACGCAACGAGUUUCAAGCCGGAGAGGUUUGAGACCGGUGGUGAUGGAGAAGCUGAGGCUGGAGAUCGUAGUAGUAGUCGUCGUCCUAAGCCCAUUCCGUUUGGGAUGGGUCGAAGGGCUUGCCCUGGGGAGGGUCUAGCUCGACGACUCGUCGGGCUGACUCUAGCAUCUUUGAUCCAGUGCUUUGAGUGGAAGAAGGUGGUCGAGGAGGAAGAUAUUGACAUGGCAGAAGGCCCUGGGAUUACUAUGCCAAAGCUGAUCCCUCUGCAGCUCAACUGCAAGCUUCGUCCCAUUGCCAAAGACAUGGUUAUUGCGUAGAAGUUUGUCGAGCUUUGUAUUUCAUGGCUUGAAGUCCAGCUGGUUUAAGUUUCGUAGAGUAUUUUCUGUCAUAGUUUCAUUUAGCUUACAUACCAAAAUAUCCAUGUAAUAC